UUCUAAUCUAUCAACAUGGACAUAGGUAGCACGAGGUGUUGCCUUGACAAACAAGUGUUGUGGUUGUCGAGCAAAAUUUCAAGAAAAUUGGAUUGGAACAACAUCCACCUACCUCCAUAUACUGUGAAUACUUGGAAAUUAAAGUCGGGCUUUGAGAGGUUGAUAAAUUCUCAAGUGUUCAACGGGGAGCAUUCCCUGAAUCAUGUCUUGUGGAGAAGAUAUUCAAUUCCCACUAGCUUGGAGGAAUCAUCGUCAGUACCAGCAGAAGCUUAUGGUAGCAAUGAUGAACUUAAAGAUUCAGUGCAGGAGCAUCUUGCUCAACCUUUAAGAAGUAUUGAGUUGCAUAUAAGGGAGGAUGCGUUGAUUAACUUCAAAAGUGAACUUGCUGUCAUGGAACUUGAACUUCUGGCUUUGGUGAAAUUGGCAGAAGAAAAUGCAAAAUCUGUCAUUCCAGUUGGUUCUGGAAAGAUUAAUGGAAAAUACAUUCAAUCUCAUCUUCUUUCCCGUUUAGAAGCCGUACAUGAGAAGUUGAAGGAACAAAUUAAAGAUGUUGAUGCUGCACAAUCAAAGGAGGUUUCCCUAUUUUGGUGUGGUAUGGCUGAGAGUGUGCAAGUUAUGGGCACUUUUGAUGGUUGGAGUCAAGGAGAGCAUUUAUCUGCGGAGUAUGCAGGUUCUUUUAGCACAUUCUCAACAACAUUAAUGCUGAGACCUGGAAGGUAUGAAAUCAAGUUCUUGGUGGAUGGAGAAUGAAAGCUUUCACCAGAAUUUGCUACAGUUGGUGA